GCACCUCUCGCCGCUGGCAUUUACCUCCUGUCCGCACGGCCAGACCCGCGCGUCCUUGGCAGGGAACACUGUCUGGGUCAUCACCGGCUCUCCAGCAUCCUCCCCUUCCAGCAGUUUCUCUCCCCUUAAAGCCAGUCUCCUCUACAGGCCGCCCGCUCCUCUGAGUCGCAGUCCAGGGAAAAUAAACCAACCGCUGCUGCUCACCCUGUUCCUUGUUCCUGGGCGCAGCAGCACCUCAUCCCCAACUCCAGAGCCUUCCCUGGACCCCAGCUGGGCUCCUGGCUGAGGAGCCGGCCCCCCCCAGCCCCUGUCCCGCAGGUGUUGCUCGCAAAGCUGAUUGCCGGUGCUGGCAAUCAGGGCUGCCAGUGCUGGCAAUCAGGGCUCCAGGUGUGGGCAAUCAGGGCUCCAGGUGUGGGCAAUCAGGGCUCCAGGUGUGGGCAGUCAGGGCUCCAGGUGCGGGCAAUCAGGGCUCCAGGUGCGGGCAAUCAGGGCUGCCAGUGCAGGCAAUGAGGGCUGCCACUGCUGGCAAUCAGGGCUCCAGGUGCUGGCAAUCAGGGCUCCAGGUGUGGGCAAUCAAGGCUGCCAGUGCUGGCAAUCAGGGCUCCAUUACACCCCAGUUCCAAUGGAUACUGUGGUGCCUGGAAGUUGCAAGGCAAGCUGAAGACAAAAGGAUGCACAUAUUUUGAUCCAACCCGCUGGGAACUGCCUUUACAGCCCGCAGGACUGGGCCCCAUUUCCCAAAGGACUGGAUCUGGGCUGAGAGCUCCACAUGACAUUGAAACCUGCUCAGUUCACACCUAAGUGCCCAUCACUGUGCCCAGCUGUGCCUCAGCCCAAGGCAAGGCAUUAUUGGAGAAUUACCACCGAAAACCCACAGCAUUAAGGGCUAUUCAUGAUACUGGAAUUCAGUUUUAGGAAGAUUUUGCUGCAUCCUGUUAAACAUUAGUCACAGCCAAAAAUCCAGUGCAAUUAUUCACAUAAAGCUGUAAAUAUAGCAUGGCACUGUUACCAUAUUGGUUCCUUUUAUACUGACAUGUAGGGCUCGUGCUUAUCUCUGUGCCCAGCGUGUAAAGGAAUUAAAUUUAGAAAGCGCUCAGCUAUUUUCUCCCACUAAAGAUAAAACACAUGGAAAUUUUGUUUACUGGUUUGUGAAUAGUGAUAAUUAAAUGGAUGUUUUCAACUGGAAAUGUUGAAAUUGACAAAACUUUUGCAAACUUUUAAGCGGAGUCACAAGUGCUUCCAGCAGCAGUCAGGCAGCAGGCUUUGACUGGGAGACAGGGAAUGAGAUCAGUUGCUAGAAGUUCCCUCUCUAUCAAUCUACUUCCAUCCCAGCUUGGAAAGCUUUGUGGGAAAACAGAAAUCCGACUAAAAUGAUUUUCUUAAUGCCAGGUGUCCUGAGAAAAGGAUUAAUGUGGAUUUGAAAUGAGUUCAUGCUCUCCAUCAGAACAAUGAAACAAGCUGGCAGAAUGAAGGCAGCGAGUCUGCUGAUGCUUGUCAACAGAUAAAAUUGUUGCUAAGCAAAUGCUACAGGCUUGGGAUUUGUGGUUACGGCUUCAUGAAGCCCUCCCCAGAGCAGGACUGUCUCAAAGCCACACUAACAAUCCCUCAUUUUCCAUUAAACCAUCUAUUACAGGUGAAGUGAUAAAAAAAUCUAUGAAAUACACAGGGUUGGUAGCAUUUACUUAAUGAAAAUUGACAAGAUGUUGCAGUUUUCAUUUUAGAAGCCUUUUUCCUUGCUUAUAACUUUACAUGACCCUGGGCAGAGUUUCUUGUCCUACCUGUGUUUCUUUGAUGCUGCUACUUUAGAAGCUUCUAAUAAAACUUGAUCCAGUCACUUUCAAAAAAUGCUGCAAAGAAAUAUUAACUGUAACAGUUUAAAUGUUAUGGUUGUUUUCUUGUAAAUUGUUGGUUCUUAAUGCUUGAAGCAAAGACUUUAAACUGGCUAAGGACUCAGUGGUGGCUGAAUUGUGAUAACAACAGACUUCACUAUUGCGAUAAAAACAAUUUCACUUCUGCUCAUGGAAAUAAUUUUAUUGCUGCAUGUGAAAUAUUAAAAGAAAUACAAAAAAUAUUGUGAUAAGCAGCUGAAAAGCACCAGAAAAAAUCUGAUCAGAGCUAAAAUGGUAGUCAAUUGAGCAUUACACUGUGAGCAAAAAUGAAAGUGUGCAGUAAGGUGUGCCAUCAGUCUCAUGUCCAGCAUAGGGCAGAGGUUAUAGGGAGCAAGUAUCUCAAGGAAUCUCCAAGAUAAUCCAUUAAAUAAAUCCAAAUCCAUACGUAUUGAAUGUUAUAUCCAUUUGUUCAUGUUUGUUCAUUGAAGGUUAGUUACUUACAGGUUUUAACUAAGUGCAGUUCUGCUCAUGUUCUGUGGCAUUACUAACCUAUGUCCAAGGAGAACAUAUGUUUGCUGCUUCAGGGGGAGAAAGAAAGGAAGAAAAAGCAAGUUUUCAUCCUAAAUAAGUUACUGAAAAAAAUCCAGGUGCAAGUCAUGAAUAACAGUGGGAAGAAAGAUUUUUGGAAGUAAACCCAAGUUCCUUACUGCUGCAGGAUGGUGGGAAGUGGAACAAAAGCAUAAGAGAACAUUUAAGCUUGUCAGUUCCAUCUGAGUAUCUUUCUUUUGCUGAAUUUCAGUGGUGUAAGUACUGUAAGAGCCUUCCUGCAGAACCUUCCUGCUGCUCCUCCUCACAGCCCCUGCAGGGUUUGCAUCACAACUUUUCCCUGUACUCAGUAGCCAGAAAAAAGCUUCCUAUAUUGAGGAUUUGCUCAGAAAUUGCUUCAGGCUCUAAAAGGCAGGCUCUGUGGGGACUCCAGUGUUCACCUCGAGCAGGGCAUUUCUCUGAAGUGCCCUUAUUUCUCAGCUCUGAGCUUUAGGACUACAGGGUUGCUACAGGUGUAAUUCCUGUCAGCAGGAUAAAAAUCUCUGCAUUUAUUCCCUUUCACUGGACAAAAUGUCAGAGGAAGAACAACAUGGUAGGGAUGAGAACGAACAAGCCACAGGUGACAGAUGUAAGUUAUUGCUACCUAAAGAUUUAAUUGUCUGAUGUAAGAAUAUACUUGUUUAUGAUCAGAAUGAGGCUUAUGUAAGACCUAAACAGAAAAGGAUUUAAGUAAUGCCAUGUUUAAGUGGAGAACAUCUGAGAGCAGCUGACCUAUGCAGACCAGGUUUUAUUGCAAAGAGAAAGCCUUUGCAUUUUAGUACCCACUUAAACACUUUUGCAAGGGAGCAGCUUCUAAUAACAACACCUUCAGCCAGCACAGCUGGAUGCACAGGCAGGGAGCUGAGGGCCUUGUCUGGCAGGGAAGACAAGAGGCACAGUUCUCAGAGAUCUGCCAAGAGCUGACCCAAUCUCUGUUCCAAAACUAGGCUGCACACAGACCUUCCAAAGAAAUGAAAGGCAAUAGCUACAGAAAGUACAACUGGCAAGUUGUACUUGUGGUACAAAAAUCACCUCUCUGUCCAUUCCCAACAUGAUUCACCUCCAGUCAUCUUUUUCUACUUUUCCUGCAGUUUUCCCUCAGGCUUCCUUCCCAGAAUGGGAGGCCUUGCCUCACAAAGUUUGCUGGAAUUGUGCAUCCUUCUGCAUCUCUCUGCCAUCUCCCCUUCUCACAGACGUCCACAAAGCACCCAGCAGUAGCCAGGAGAUGCUGAGUGGUCCCAUUUACGGACUACAUUGCAAUAAGAAACCCAAGCAAACCAAACGCCAAGUGUUCUCUAACAGAUGUUCCUUCACCUUUUUGUGUUGCAUGUCCUGUAAGAGUUCCAGAGGACAGGCUGACCCAAGGCUUGCUGAAGCUGAUAGGAAGCUUUCCAUCCACUUAGGAAAGCUUCAGAAAUGAUCCCUACAAUGUCUGACCCUUCCUGACCCUCCAGCUGAGACUAGCUAAAAGAGGCUAAAAAACCUGAAAGAAAAAAAAAUGAAAAACAUCCAGAACUGAGGCAAAUGCUAAGUCCUGCACUGAAUUUUUUUCAAGAAGCUUGUGAUGCAUGACCUGGAAGAACCUUUUCCCAGACCAGCGUGCUGCUAUCUCUAUUUUUUUUUUCUCCAAGGGUUUUGUUACAGAGAAUUUUGACUUAUUUUUUUAUUUAUAUAGCCCAGCAGGAAGUUCAUGCAUCAGCUACCAGAAAAAAAAAACCCCAGAAAACAGGGAAGGUGCUCAGGCACUGAUGAGGUGAUGUUAAUGUAAAUUUUAGUAUCAAUUUUAUGUUUCAGGAAGUGCAGAGGACACGAUGUCUUGUGACAUUUUCCCCCGUUGAAAAUAACAGAUGAACAGCCUCCCCUUAGGCUUCCAAGUGAUUGUAGAUUAUAACAGUUCCUUGAAUGGAGAGCAGUUACCCUACAGCUUCUUAACUUAAUUUUCUCCUUGAAUGAGACCUCUUCAGAACAGUUGGAUGACUAGAAAGAAAAAUUUUGUAAGGUGCUACUUGGGUUUAUAUAGUCUCUAUAUGUGCUGUCCACAGUAAAAGAUAAAUUAGUUCAAAACCUAGUGCUCUGUCCAGGUAAAGUGGAUAUUUUCAUUCUGUGAACAAGGUCUGAUUCCUGAUUUUACUGGCAUGUCAUUAUAAUCUCUUCUGUGAGAUCACGUUUCUUUUUUGUCUGUGCAGAAAGUACUUCCUUGAAAGAAGAAAAGCUUCCCUAUCCUGGGAUGCUACCAGUAGAUAAAAGGCUUCUAAAUUUACAGAUCUACAAACUUCUUCAGUGUGUUCACGAGAAAGACAAGAAGCAAAUAGAAAACCUGAUCCAGAAAGGAUUCCCAGAUCUCAUUAAUUACACCGAGCCCAAGGAAGGACACAGUGCCUUCCACGUGGCCGCCAUGAAGAAUGACAUUGAGAUGUGCCGCUUCCUGCUGGAGCACGGAGCGCGCCCCGACGUCCACGACAGCAUGGGCUGCACGCCAGCCAUGAAGGCAGCUGAGCUGGGCUUUGAGGCAAUUGUGGAAUUGGUAGCAAAAGCUAACGCAGACAUGACUGCUGUGGAUAAUGAAGGGAAAGGUAUUUUGUUUUACUGCCUUUCACCUACAGUUCGCCACACCCACUGCCUGCAAAUUGCCUUGGAUUAUGGUGCCGAUGUUAACAACUGUACCACUACUGGGAGGUCUCUGCUUCUACAAGCCUGUGAGCAAGCUCAUGAGGUUAAAGAUAUGUGCCUGAUUUUCUUGGAGAAAGGAGCAGAUCCCCAUGCAAAAGAUCCGGCCACCGGCCGCACGGCCGUGAUGGAGGCUGCGAGGGAGGGCGCUGCCGACGUGGUGCUGGCUCUGCUCCGGAGGGGAGCCGACGUGAACCUCUUCGACUUCGAGAGGCACAGCGCUGCACAUUUCGCCGCCAAAGGAGGCUUUUUAGAGAUUCUGACGAUUAUUUCAGGUUAUGGUGCAGACUUGAAACUGGUUGCUAUGAAUGGUAACACCCCACUUCAUUAUGCUGCAGAGGGAGGAUUUACAGAUUGCUGCAGGUAUAUAGGACAAAGAGGCUGUGAUCCUACAUGGUCCAACUUGAUAAAACUGACCCCAAGGGAUGUUGCCAAGGCCGGUGGGUUUAAAGCAGCAGCAGCAGUGCUGCGCAAAGCUGAAAAAGCCUUAAAGAAGCCAGAUGAGAUCCUUGCCUGGUACCUGAAGGUGUACGACUGGUCCUUGCAGCACGAGGAUGACAUCCGCAAGGAGUUUGAGAUUGACGAGGAAGAAGAUGGGAUAGUGUCCAAAAGUGAUUUUAUGGCAGUCAUUCGGAAGCGCUGGGGCACCGUGGAUCAGGAACAAAUAGAAGUUCUUGCUAAAAAGCAUGAAGUAUCUUCUGACAAGAUCAGCCUGGAUGAUUUUUUUAAAGGCUCAAAAUACCUGCAGAGAACCUUUCUGCUGUCAUCCUUUGGGCCCAAAGCAAAGAAGAAGAAGAAACCGCAGAGAAAGAAAGGCAAGAAAGGCCUCCCUGUGCCAAUCUGUGUAAUCCCCAAGAGUGAACUUCCCCUCAGGGAAGAUGGCCUCCCUACCUACAUGGUUGAGGCUGUCCCAACCCUCCCUGAGGAGCAGCGAUUCAAACGCGCCCUCCACUCCGCCCACCCCGUGUUCGAUGACCGUGCCUGGUACGUGGAGGAGCCCAGGAAAACCCUCAUGGAUAUCAACUACCUGGUCAGAGAAGGAGACUUUGUGUCUCUGCAGAGAGCCUUCGACCAGGGCGUGCCAGUAGACAUAAAAGAUAAAUAUUACAAAACACCUCUGAUGGUUGCUUGUGCAAGUGGCAACAUAGUUCUUGUGGAGUUUCUUCUGGAAAAGGGGGCUGAUGUGAACGCAACAGACAACUUCCUGUGGACCCCUCUGCACCAUGCCUGCUACAAUGGACACCUGGACAUCGCUGAGGUGCUGGUGAAGGCGGGAGCAGCCGUGAACGCCCCUGCAAUAGGCGAAGCCACCCCGCUGAUGAGAGCUGUGGAGGCCUGCAGGCUGGACAUGGUCUAUUUCUUAAUCACUGCAGGGGCUGACGUCCAGGCUUUAGACAGCAAUGGAAGAAGUGCUCUCGAUCUUGCUGAAGUAUUUGAAGAUGCUACAAUAAUAGAACUGCUUGAAAAUCAACUGCAAAUUUUGGCAGAAGAACAAGAAAAAGAAGAAGCAAAGCCAGCGAAAGGUGGGAAGCCAAAACCACCAGAGCCACCGAAAUCUGUGAAAACAGAGUCUCCAGAUGCAUCUCCUCCACCUGAGGAGGAAGCUGUUCCUGAAAAGACAAAGCGUUCCCGUAAGGACAGUUCUGCUUAUUGGAAGUCUUUGGCAGCGAGAGAAGACGAAAAUGACAUCUCCUUCAGACCCAGGAGAAUAUGGAGCCCUGAUGCCACAGCAAUGCAGCUUGCAGAACAGCGAGAAGUGCUCCGUGAACACGCUGCUCUUUGUGGUCACAUGGAAGAUUUUAAAACCCUCUUCAAUAGAAAAUUUGAGAAAUAAGCACAGCACCUGCAAAAAGCUACUUCAGCACAUGUUUUGAGGAGACAAAGAUGUAAAAGGCUACUCCUUCAUAAGGAAGGAAUUGUGCAGUGCUCAGUAAAUAAAUCUCA